GGCAGGGCUUAAAGGGACCAUGACCCAGCUGCAGCGGUCGCGUCCGUACCUGCCCCGGCGGCCGGGCUGAGCCGGGCGGCGCCGCGGCUCCUCUAUGGGCUGGGACUGCCAGUGGGGCUGGCAGCAGACAUGGGGCAGAGUGAAUCGGAGCCCCAGGAGGAGCAGGAGCCCCUCGGGUAUUUGCAGACUGCUAUCAUGUCCCCUCUUAAGCAUCUCUUCUGACACGGCCCUGACAGCCAUGCUGCCCAGCAUCAGGUACCUUGUGGAGGACCAGUUGCAGACCAGCAUGGUGCUGGGGGUCAUGAUUGGGGUCAGCCUGUCUGUGUUGCUUAUCGCCACCUUGUUCCUUGUACUGGUUCGCCGGCUGCGCCUCAAGAAGGUUCCAGCUCAGGAGACACCCAAGUACCGAUUCCGCAAACGGGACAAGAUGCUCUUCUAUGGGCGCAAGAUAAUGCGCAAGGUGUCCCAGUCCACCUCGUCCCUCGUGGAUACGACUAUCUCUAGCACGUCCCGGCCCCGCAUGAAGAAGAAGCUGAAGAUGCUGAACAUUGCCAAGAAAUUCCUGCGCAUCAAGAAAGAGCUGCCUACACUGCAGCUGAAGGAGCCUCCACCCUCAGUGCUGGAGGCUGACCUGACUGAGUUUGAUGUGGCUAACUCCCACCUGCCCUCUGAGGUGCUCUACAUGCUGAAGAAUGUCCGGGUGCUGGGCCACUUUGAGAAGCCACUGUUUCUGGAGCUGUGCAAGCACAUGGUCUUCCAGCAGUUCCAGCAGGGCGAGUUCGUCUUCCGGCCUGGCCAGCCCGACAGCAGCAUCUACGUGGUGCAGGAUGGCAAGCUGGAGGUCUUCCUCACUGAGCCAGAUGGGAAGGAGACCAUCAUGAAGGAGGUGUUCCCAGGUGACAGCGUGCACAGCCUGCUCAGCAUCCUUGACGUCAUCACGGGGCACCAGCGACCAUACCGGACGGUGUCUGCGCGAGCGGCUGAGGAUGCCACGGUGCUGCGGCUGCCAGUUGAGGCCUUCUCAGCUGUCUUUGAGAAGUACCCAGAGAGCCUAGUGCGCGUUGUACAGAUCAUCAUGGUGCGUCUGCAGCGAGUCACCUUCCUGGCCCUGCACAACUACCUGGGGCUGACGAACGAGCUCUUCAGUCACGACAUGCAACCACUGCGGCUCUUUCCCCAGCCCAGCCACACCACACGCACUAGCCCCAUUCGGCACAGCAAGCGCGUGGCCAGCACCACUUCCAUUGAGGACUCCAAGGAGAGUGCUGGGCGCCAGUCUGACCCUGCUGGCAAAGACUUGGCCGAUCCGCUGAAGGUGACAGACGCCUCCACGCCACCGCUGCUGAGCCGCUGCAUCUCAAUGCCUGUCGACAUCUCGGGCAUCCAGCGGGGUCCCCGCUCGGACUUUGACAUGGCCUAUGAGCGCGGCAGGAUUUCGGUGUCACUGCAGGAGGACAGCACUGGCACUCUGGCCACCUUCUCCCGCUCCAUGUCCCAUGAGCCCAAGGAGCGUAAGUCGGUGACGGUGGAGGAGCAGCCAUCUGGUGUCUACCAUUACAACUACUGCGAGGAUGACUCGGUGGGUGGUGACUGCCCCUUCGGGCCCUACCAGGGCAGACAGACCAGUGCCAUCUUUGAGGCCGCCAAGCGGGAGCUUGUCAAACUCAUGAAGAUAGAGGACCCAUCUCUCCUCAACAACCGGGUGCUGCUGCAUCACGCCAAGGCUGGCACGAUCAUUGCCCGCCAGGGGGACCAGGAUGUGAGCCUGCACUUCGUGCUGUGGGGCUGCUUGCAUGUGUACCAGCGCAUGAUCGACAAGGCUGAGGACGUGUGCCUCUUCCUGACGCAGCCUGGCGAGAUGGUGGGACAGCUGGCUGUGCUCACCGGCGAGCCUCUCAUUUUCACCAUCAAGGCCAACCGUGACUGCACCUUCCUUAAGAUCUCCAAGUCUGACUUCUAUGAGAUCAUGAGGGAGCAGCCCAGCGUGGUGCUGAGCGUGGCUCACACAGUGGCUGCACGUAUGUCGCCCUUUGUGCGCCAGAUGGACUUUGCCAUUGACUGGAUGGCCGUGGAGGCUGGGCGGGCACUAUACAGGCAGAGCGACAAGUCGGACUGCACCUACAUUGUGUUGAAUGGGCGCCUGCGCUCCGUCAUCCAGAAAGGCACUGGCAAGAAGGAGCUGGUGGGCGAGUACGGCCGUGGGGACCUCAUUGGCGUGGUGGAAGCUCUGACACGGCAGCCCCGGGCCACCACUGUCCAUGCUGUGAGAGACACAGAGCUGGCCAAGCUGCCUGAGGGGACCCUAAAUAACAUCAAGCGCCGAUACCCUCAGGUUGUGACCCGUCUGAUCCACCUGCUCAGCCAGAAGAUCCUUGGGAGCCUGCAGCAGCUGCGCGGGCCUUUCCCAGGCUCCGGCCUGGGCGUCACCUCUAGCUCUGAGCUGACCAACCCGGCCAGCAACCUGUCAACAGUGGCAGUGCUGCCCGUGUGUGACGAUGUGCCUAUGGCAGCCUUCACUCUGGAGCUCAAACACGCCCUCAAUGCCAUCGGUCCCACCCUGCUCCUCACCAGUGACAUUAUCCGGGCACGGCUUGGCUUGUCGGCGCUGGACAGCAUCCAGGAAUACCGGCUGUCGGGCUGGCUGGCGCAGCAGGAGGACAUCCACCGCAUAGUAUUAUACCAGACUGACUGCACCCUUACGCCCUGGACCUUGCGCUGCAUCCGCCAGGCUGACUGCAUCCUCAUUGUGGGGCUGGGUGACCAGGAGCCCACGCUGGGUGAGCUGGAGCAGAUGCUGGAGAACACAGCCGUACGCGCCUUGAAGCAGCUCGUCCUGCUGCACCGGGAGGAUGGGCCCAGCCCCUCUCGCACCGUAGAGUGGCUCAACAUGCGCAGCUGGUGCUCAGGUCACCUCCACAUCAAGUGCCCACGUCGUGUCUUCUCCCGUCGCAGCCCGAGCAAGUUGCGGGAGAUGUACGAGAAGGUCUUUGAGAAAAAUGCUGACCGCCACAGCGACUUCUCCCGCCUGGCACGGGUUCUGACGGGCAACACCAUCGCCUUGGUGCUGGGAGGAGGUGGAGCCAGGGGCUGCUCCCACAUUGGGGUGAUCAAGGCCAUGGAGGAGGCAGGGAUCCCCAUCGACCUGAUCGGGGGUACCUCGAUUGGCUCUUUCAUUGGGGCCCUGUAUGCUGAGGAGCGCAGUGCCGUCCGCACCAAGCAGCGUGCCCGCGAGUGGGCUAAGAGCAUGAACUCGGUGUUUGAGACCGUGCUGGAUCUCACCUACCCCAUCACCUCCAUGUUCUCUGGCUCCGCCUUCAACACCAGCAUCCACAAGGUCUUCCAUGACAAGCAGAUUGAGGAUUUAUGGCUUCCCUAUUUCAAUGUGACGACCGACAUCACAGCCUCGGCCAUGCGGGUCCACACAGACGCAGGCAGUGUGUGGCGCUACGUCCGAGCCAGUGCGUCUUACACCCCCUACUUGCCUCCGCUCUGCGACCCCAAGGACAGCCACAUGCUUGUGGACGGCUGCUAUGUUAACAAUGUCCCAGGCUCGCUGUGGCGGUACGUGCGAGCUAGCAUGACCCUUUCUGGGUACCUACCGCCACUCUGCGACCCCAAGGACGGCAACUUGCUGAUGGAUGGCGGCUACAUCAACAACCUGCCAGCGGACAUUGCCCGGAACAUGGGCGCCAAGACAGUGAUAGCUAUCGAUGUGGGCAGCCAGGAUGAGACGGACCUGUGCAACUAUGGGGACAGCCUGUCCGGCUGGUGGCUGCUCUGGACCCGCCUCAACCCCUGGGCUGAGAAGGUCAAGGUGCCAGACAUGGCAGAGAUCCAGUCGCGCUUGGCCUAUGUGUCCUGCGUGCGGCAGCUGGAGGUGGUGAAGUCUAGCUCGUACUGUGAGUACAUACGCCCUCCCAUUGACCGUUUCAAGACCAUGGACUUCGGCAAGUUUGAUGAGAUCUAUGAGGUGGGCUACCAGCAUGGCAAAGUGGUGUUCAGCGGCUGGAGCCGCGGUGACAUCAUCGAGAAGAUGGUGAAGGACCGGCGCUCAGCUGACUUUUAUGAGAGCAAGCGCAUGGAUGUGCUGACGUGUCCCAGUGCAGGGUUCACAGACCUGGCAGAGAUUGUCUCUCGCAUCGAGCCUGCCAAGACCUACCUGUCUGAUGGUUACGCUGAUGGUGAGGAGUCCGACUACCUGACAGAGUAUGAGGAGGAGGGGCUGGAGGUGGGGCGGGGUGAGGAAGAGCCCUCCACGCCAUCUGAGUGGGCCCCCAACCGAGUGUCUGAGAACGACGAGGACAAGAGCCUGCGGCGCCGCCCAUGCGCCUCUCAGGAGCCCUCUGUGUUCUUGGCAUGAGCCAGGCCUGACACAGGAUUGAUGCCGGAGCCUGCCCUGCUCCUGCCACCUGCACCUACCUCUGCAGCCCCGCCCAGCACUGCCCAGUGCCAGGCCCAGGGUAGUAUGUGGGAGGCUCAGGAGCUGCCCUCUUCCUCCAUGGGGCAGCUUCCAGAAUGGUGGCUGCCCCCUAGUGCCAUGGGUCUGGCUUGGCACUGCCCUGGGACAAACGGUACCUGCUGGGCCCAGCACUGCCCGUGAUAGUAUUGGAGCUAGGUUGGGCCCCUGGUUGGCCUUUGCCUAUCCUCUUCCCCAGAAACACUUUGCACUGAGCCCAGGGGUUGGGGUGACUGCAGCACUGGACUCUGUACUCUGGUCCCCCCACUACUGCCUGCACUGAAGGAGGGAAGGGGCCAGGUCCUGUGCUCUGCAUCCUGCUGUGCCAGGGCCAGGGCCAGGCACUACUUUAAAGCCAUCAAUGGUUUUCCCAGAGCUGCUCUUCCCAUUUCCCCAGGAGCUGGGGCCUUUCUGUAUGGCAGAACCAGGUUUUGCUCCUCUGUGCCAGAGGCACCCUUAUCUCCUGUCACCAGCCCUUGCAGCUGUGGGGGCACCAGCUGAACUGGAAAGAGGGGAACCCCUCCCUCACUGCUCUGAGCUCACUGUGUGCCAGGGGCCCCUGUGCCUACCCAGGGCUUUCCAUCUACCCCUAUGGAGCCUGCAUUGGCUGUGGGAUGAAGCGCCUGUGCCCCGGCCCAGCCACCGGCUGCUCUCCUGCAGAGUUAUCUCUAUUUUUGUUAAGUUAUUGCUGUGCCUGGGAGCCCCCAUGAGGAGGCAGGGGUUGGAGCCAGGCAUGGGGACCUUGCUGUAUUUUUUUUAUUAUUAUUUAAAAUUAAAGCUGCUUUUGGCUGGGGGGUGGGAGCAGGGUAGGGUUGGCUCUGCUGGAAUAAAAGCUUUGACUCUCCAGG